AUGUCCAACUAAUUUUGUUAAACGGUAGCGGUACAAAGUUUAAAUUAGGUGAUUUGAGAGCAUUUUUUUGAAUGCUUAAUGUGUUUUUGUAAGGCAAUCUUGUCUUGUUGAUUACUCUCUUGUAUUGUUCUUUCGUCUGUGGCCACGUCAAACAAUCUAUAUUUAAAAUCGAGAUUGGAUUUGGAGAGAUCGAUUUGUCUAUUGUUUGAGGAAACAAGUUUUCGAAGUUAAUCUGAGUGGUUUUGGUGCGGCUCUGACGGUGGCUGCGCCUCUAGUGGUGGUGGUUGGGGUUUUUUCGUAGAGCAGGCGGUGGGUUUGCAGACCAAUACCACGAAGCAGUUUUUGGUCUUAUUAUCAGUUCUUCCAGGAGUCAAACAAAUUCUUAGGUUCAGAUUUCAAUAAUCUUCAAUUCUUGUCUGGCCACCGUUACUUCUCCAACCUCCGGCCGAUCCUUCACCAUUUUUCUUGGCUUGAUAUGUAUAUAGUCUUAAAGCAACCAAGAAAUCGGGAGUAGGAAGGAAGAGAAAUGGAUGCUGAGGCGCAAAAGUACGUCUGGGAAGGUGCAAUACCGCUACAGGUUCAUCUCCACGAAUCUGAAGUAACGACUCUUCCUCCUCCGCCUCCCGCUCAUAUCUUAGCUCCAAGAGUUGGUUACUUGCCUUUGCUUAUUUCUCUUAUAAAGCCUCACUUCGCUUCGUCUUUGCCUCCUGGUGUCGAUACCGUCUGGUUUGACUAUAAUGGCUUGCCUCUUAAGUGGUAUAUACCAACUGGAGUUCUUUUUGAUCUUCUUUGUGCUGAACCAGAAAGGCCUUGGAAUUUGACGGUUCACUUUAGAGGGUAUCCCAGCAAUUUGUUGAUUCCUUGUGAAGGUGAAGACUCAGUAAAGUGGAGCUUUAUUAAUUCAUUGAAGGAGGCAGAUUAUAUAAUUAAUGGAAAUUGCAAGAAUGUUAUGAACAUGUCUCAAUCUGAUCAGGUGGAGCUCUGGCGCUCUGUAAUAAAUGGUAAUUUGGAAGCCUACUUACGCGCAUCAUCAAAGCUUAAACUUGGAAUGGUUGAAGAUGAAUUUACAUUGAAAAUGGAUUCUUUAUCACCAAAAUCUCAAAAAACCAUGGUCGAAGCUGAUACGGCUGGGCAAAUGAAGAUAGGUAAAAUUCCAGUUCGAUUGUACAUUUGGAGUGUUACUGGGGAUUUUCAAUACUUAGAAGAUAUUCCUAAAAUUGAUAGUUGGGACAAAAUUUCUUAUAUAAAUCGACCUGUUGAGAUUCGAAGAGAAGAAGGUAAAUACUUCACUCUACACGAUGCACUGAAAACUCUAAUUCCAGAAUUUCUGGUUGGUAAGUCCGUGAUUGAUAAUGUGUCAUUUGGAGUUGAAGACGAAGAUGAACAGAAAGUAUCGUCAAAAGAGGUUAGCAGCAACAAACUUUCAUGUCCAUCUGCGGAGCCUUCUUGUGAAUCUGGUACUGCUGAAAUUAAGCUAGUACGCAUUCAAGGUAUUGAACCGAAACUGGAGAUACCAUUCUCAUGGAUAGCGAACAACUUGAAAAAUCCUGAGCACUUUCUUCAUAUUUGUGUAUGUGUUAAAUCUUCACAUAUAAAUUCUUUUGACAGGUAGCACAAUCUUUCAUUCUUUAUCAUUUUUUGCCCUUGCAAUUAGGGCAGGCUAGAAUCUUUGUGGGCAAUUUCAAAGAAUGCAUUCGUUGUAUAGAGAAUCGUGCAGAAUAGGUACAAAGAUAUAUAAUUAUUUAAAUAUUCACAUUUAACCUUUACCUGUGAUGAUAACUUUAGGAAUGGAAAAUUAUUACAUUUUUUUUUUAAA